CUGUAAAAUUCUCUGAUUCUAUGAUCAUUUUGGUGAAUCUGCGCUGUAUCCCCUGCAAGGCUAAUAUAUCCUCCUGAGAUGAGGUGCCUAAAACUAAACACAGUCUCCAGAUGGGAUCUGACCAAGGCUCUAUACUCGAUACUAAAAAAGUUGUUCCAAUGGGGGAAGAGCUCACUAUAAUGCAGUACCAGUUGUCUGAUGACCUCCCGAGUUCUCUCCCGUUCCGGCUUUUCCCCACACUGGAGAAGGAUGCCAACAGCAAGCUGGUGGUGUACAUGAAGUUGAGGUGCGAUCUCCCCACCAAGACCCAGGCUCUCAACGUGAGGUCGGUCCCUCGAACAACAACCAGUCUCUCCCAGGGGCUGAGCAGCCCGGACCAGUCGGCGAGGCUGGAACUCGCCUCUCGGGCUGUACUGUGGCAGAUCCCCAAAUUCCCCGGAGGAUCCCAACUCUCCGCACUCUUCAAGCUGGAGGUGGGGGGUCCGGGGGCAGCACAGAUGAUGGAGGUCGGACCCGCCUGUCUGAGCUUUGAGCUGCCGAUGACCACCUGCUCGGGCCUCGCCAUCCGAUUUCUCCGUGUCUCCGGCCUCCAAGCCCCACAUCGCUGGGUCAGGUACCUCACACACAGCCAGUCCUACAUGGUGAGACUGUGA